GAGUGAACCUUCGUUGCCAUUUCUUCUUCUUUAUUUGUACAUAAACUCUGCUCUUUCCACCCCAAAACACCUGCAAAAAGAGAAAAAAAGGAUGGGUUUAUCAAAGGAAGAGAAAUCAAGAAGAAUUUGGAGAGGUUUCAAAACAGUGUUCUUCUUGAUAACAAUGGUGAUUUCAUUACUGGUAUUUUCUGCACCAGUUUUCUUUGUAAUUGCCGAUACGAUUCUGCCUUCUGCUUUGCUUUCACUUUCCCUUUCUUUAUCAUUCAAAACCCUUUCUUCUCAUUUCAAUAACUAUGAUUUGAGAUACUCUCUCGUAGAUAUCCCUCUUGUAUCCAUCUUCAGAUCAGCUGUUAUCAUCUGUGUUUAUAGUUUUUGUGAUGGGCCAAAACUUUGCAGCGGAUUGUACCUUGGAAUCACAACGAUAUGCUCUGUUUCAUCUUUAGUUUUCGUUUCGUUGAAGGCACCAUUUGUGUUCGGUUCGAGUAUUCCUAGAGAAGGUUCAGCCAUGGUAGCUGCUCUUUUAGUUUGUUCAUUGGCUUUGGCAAUCGCACAUAUAAUUGCGGCUUAUAGAACCAGUUGCAGAGAAAGAAGAAAACUCCUUAUCUACAAAAUUGAUAUUGAAGCUAUCUCAGCUUGCAAGAAUGGGUUUCCAAGGUAUGAAAAGAUUGACCAAGAAGAAAGAGUGAAGUAAAUAGUAACAAAUUGCA